AUGUCCCAACUGGAUUUGCUGGAGGAAAUUUGCCAUUUACGAUUCACGGCAACCGAGCGAGAUUUACUAAAUUGCUGGCAAACCUACCGGGUGUCGGACGUAACGCACCGAUUGGCAACGGAAGCCGGUCGAGCUAUCUACGCGGAAGCGAUCGCGUUCGGUGACCAGAAGGGGUCCCGAACCUUUUAUCCGCAAUCGUUAGCCACGCUGGCGGUGCAAAGUUUGGUGAACGGCUACCGGAGCGGACCGGUGCCAAGUGGUUUGACCUGCGAGCAGGUGAGAGAUUUCGGGUUGCUUCUGCCGCUGGAGUUGCCCGUGUUGGAUCUGCUGGAGUUUGAGAAUGAAACUUACUGGAAACGAGUUGUAAAGGCUAAAACGAAGCGUCUUAUCGAUUUUCUGAAACAUGAACGAGAUUCUAACUCUUACUGGAAAUCAUUGGGAAUGGAGCUGCUGGUGGCAGAAGCACUCGAACGGGAAAAGCCUGAAUAUUGGUUUGAAGGAAUUCUGGAAGAUAUUCUGAUAAAAACAGCUCCGUAUAUAUUUGAGCUUGUGAUAUCUGAACUGACGCCGUUGGAGAACAUCGAAACCGCCGAAGGUUAUGAAGAGUACAAAGUUUACGACGUACCUCCCGAGCUGUGCAGCCAUGGUUCGUUGGAAAUCUUAAAACAUCUGGCAAAUCUCACGUCGUUGAGCUUAGUUUUUGGACUGAACGAUGUCCUUAAAGGUUAUGAACGAAGAUUUUUUCAGUUUUCUCUUGAAGACAUGGAGAAUUUGUGCAAAGCGCUUCCCAAGUUGCUUGUUUUAGAGAAUUUUACACUGGUUAGAAGUAAAAUGUCUCCGGAGAAGUUGAAAGCACUGCUCGAGCAAUUGGCACUGGUGAAACUCAAGACUUUAGAGCUAUCGUAUUGCUACUUGCAGGAAGAAACAGGCAUUCUUCUAGGGAGGUACAUCAGCAAGUGCCCCGGGACACUUAAAAGCAUUAACUUAUCGGGAAAUUUUUUGGAUGGCAACCAAAUAGAGAAUUUCAGCUACGGAAUCAACGUCUACCAGGGCGUUUUGGACAAACUCGAUCUGUCACAUAAUCCUAUCGGUGAGGCCGGUGUUCUGAUGCUGGGCGGAGCAAUCAAAAACACGGAACACGUGCGUGAGCUGGCAGUUACCGGCUGUGAGCUGGGUCCGCAAGGUGCCUUCCGAGUGGUGCAGCUGCUCGGUUUCCAUCGACCGCUGAAGGUGCUCCAUAUGAAUGGCACUCCGUUGGGCAAAACCGGUGGCAAAAAGUUGAUCGAAGUGCUGAAGCAAAACUGGUUCGUUGAGGUGGUGAACUGCAAACAGUGCAAUCUGAAAAUAAGUCACGAGCAGCGAGUGCAAAGCAUUCUCCGUCGAAAUCGGAAAUUCCUGUUGGCCCGUAAGAACAGCGCCAGUGCCAACGCCAGCGCCACCGGCGAGCCGGAACAAUCUGACAACUUCCAGAAUGCCAUCAUCAAGCAAGCAGUAGACAUAGAUUACUGUUUCAUACCUGCACGCUCGUCGCACUUUGGGGGUCCGUGGGAAAGCGCGGUGAAAUCCUUCAAGAAUCAAGACACUGCUCAAGACACUGCCAUUGCCAGCUUACGCAAAAUCGUUUACUAUAAAUUUCAUAUGAUUCUGACGCAAAUCGAAGCAAUCCUGAAAUCACGUCCACUGACACCGCUUGGCAACGAUUCAGACGACUUUGAAGCGCAGACUCCCCGGUACUUCUUCUACAGCGUCCUCUGCAGAAAGGCCUACAGUUGA